UGAUUACCAGAAUGGUAUCAGGUUUAGGAAGCAACAAAUACGGUGCCGUAAAUUACGACGAAUUGCUGUCAGAUGUUCUGGAAAAGAAACUCGCCGCAAACGGUUCCCUCAUCCACAUGCAACGUUUGAAACACAAGAACCUUCAGACCAAGGAAGUCAACACGAAUCGACAGCAUCAACUGGCAUGGAACAAAGAAUUACUGAAACUGAAAGAUCAGCGUCAUUCUGUAGAAACGGAUGUAGCACGUCUGAUCACAGAGAACUUGCAAGAUUCUUCGCCGACACAAUUCGUUUACAAAGAAAUUGAAAACAUCAAAUCGGAAUACAACAAAGGAAUGGUAACAUUUAAAGACCAAACAGUGACACCAGUAUGGAAUUUAUAUGAAGACCUGAAGGUUUGGUUGUGCGAAAAUGUAACUGGCCCCAUUAACAAAACGAAAACGAGGUCAGUGCAGAAGAACGCCAGGGAAAUUGGAGACGUUAUUUCAUCAGUGAAAGAGCAGCAACAAGCGAUUCUGUACAAGCUUGCCAUGGAACAAAGAAGUCUUGAAGACGAAAUUAAUGAUAUCUGUCGAGAAGUCAUAGUGUCUUUAACAAAUUCAGAUUGCAUUCAGAAACCUGUACAAGGGAUUCCUUGGGAAGCCAUAGAUUUGGAGUGCCCGGAUGAAGAUCUGAAGAGUCGUGUUUUGAAGGAAUUCUUAGUCAUAGAUGAAAAAUACAACGACAAGUUCCAGAGUCUGAAAGACAGUAACAGGGACAUUUUAAGGCAUGGCGAAUACGGCGGCUGGAGUGAAGAUGAUCAUCGAGAGUUCGUAUCAAUCCUGGAGCAGUAUAGUUCCGAUAAUCCGCAAAAGUCAUGGCUGGUCUUUGACCGACUCAUGAAACAAAUGCCACAAAUAUCCAGAAAAGAAUUGAUCCAGCAUCAGAAAUGGUGGAUUUGCUGGCGUUUUUACCGCAACCACCGCAGCAAUCUCUUUAGAGCGUGGCAUCGGUUAAGGACUGAGCUAUUCCAAAAGACAUGCAUCAUAUUUGCCGAAGUUUGCCUCACUUACGAACUUGACGAAACCCAGAUGAAAAAUAAACAAGCUCAAAGUGAGCUCUGUGAUCAACUGUAUGAGAAAGUAACAUCUUGGCGUGAGAAUAAAUACGAACAGAUGUUGCUGGAGAUGAAAUUGCUGGAGAAGAAAUCUGAGGAAAUGGCAAGGAAUGAACGGCAGAGAAUGGAGAUGAUGAAACAAAAGAGAGACCAAACCAAGCAGGAGAUAAAACAAUACAAAGACCAGAAGUUAGCAGAGCAGCAACAAGAAGAAGAGAACUGCAGACGACGUCUUGCAGAGAUCCAAGAGGAAUUAGAAGAACAAAACAAACGAAACUGGAAGCGAAUAAAAUAUCGCGAAAAAGAAUGGUUGAAGAGAAUUCAAGAACUGCAAGAGAAAAAACUAUUGAAAGAAAGUGAAGAAACUGAAAGGCUCUUAAGACUGGAAAUUCUGCGAGAAAAAGUCCAAGUUGUUGCGGAAAGAGACCCAGUUCGAUUAUUGAAUGAAACCAAGGUAGGAGAACAGUUUACACUUCAAAUUUGA